GAAGAGAGGGAAACAAACCACAAGAGACUUUGAGUGAUAGAGAACAAACUGGGCUGAUGGAGGGAGGUGGGUGGAAGACGGGCUAGAUGGGUAAUGCGUACUAAGGAGUGCACUUGUGAUGAGCCCUGGGUAUUGUAUGUAAGAGAUGAAUCCUUGAAUUCUACUCAUGAAACCAAUAUUGCACUGAAUGCAAAUUAACUAAAAUUUAAAUUAAAAUUUUCCUUAAUAAAAAUGUUACAAAAUACUCUUUGAGGUAUAAGCAGUAGAUUUACAGUAAAAGUAUUGGUAAAAUACAAUGAAUUUUGUCAUUCUGUUUUGUUUCUUUAGGAUUUACAUCCUGACAUUCAGUUCUGUAAUUUUAGGUGUUAGCUAGAGAAGACAUUGAUGAAGCUAUACAUGCAAUAUUAUUUAGAGAAAAUUACAUUGCCAAGGUAAGAGUUGGCUACAGCCUGGAUUCUAAGUAUGUUCCAGGUAAGCAAGAGUGGUGCAGAGCAAAACGGCUAAGAGGAUGUCACUGUGUCACAGAGAUUCAUUUUGCUGAGAGAAUGAACCUCCUCUGGUUGAUCUGUUUAUACAACAUAGAUCUGAAAUUGUGCCACCUCCUUGCAGGGUCACUGAGAGGCCUGGAUUCCUAGAUCUGCCCGUGAAGGAUCUGAGAGAUCGUUCUAAGAGCUCCCCCUCUUUGUUCUGGACUGGAUAUGUAUUUUCAGCAUCUGGAUAUUUUUAAGGAAAGAAGAGGAGAGGUGUUACAUAAAAAAUGGAUUGAAAAUGUUGCAGAGCCUGUUCAGAGAAUUGCAGAAAAAGUAAUUUCAUACGGAGGGUUGGAGAAAAUGAAACAAGAGAAUCUUGAAUGUCUUUUAAAGCACACAAAUAAAAUGGAAAUUGUAUUUGGAAAUCUUUGUGAUCCUGAAGUAUACAACCCUUUUUAUAUGACAAAAAAGGACCCAAAUUAUGGAAAGGUUAUGUUGCCUUUGUUUUGUGAUUCCCUGUUUAGAAUAUGGCAAGAGAUGGAUGAAGAGAAGAGAGCUGUUUUUCAAAAUAAGACAGGAAAACGAUACACCUUAAAAGAAUGUAAAGACCUAGAGAAGGCCAGGCUUUAUGCCACAUUGCCCCAUUUCACUUUUACUCUACAUGAUGUUAUUCUAGAGUGGCAUAAAGCCUCUGCGAGAUCUGUGAGAAACAAAACACCUAGUAAAUGCAGGUAA